AUGAAUAAGGUUUCAGACGAUAAAGAUGGGUAUAACCAACAAUUGCAAGCAGUGAAGACAAAGACUGCUGCUUUGACUUCGGCCAAGAAUGCAAGUGAUAAGAAGAUUUUAUCAUUGAACUCAGAGAAAGACGAAUUAGAAGAUAAGAACAGAAAACUUGAUUCUUCCAAUAAAGAUGCUCAGAGAAAACUUGCUGAGUUGACAAAGAGAAUUGAAGAUGGACUGAAUGACUCUGAUAAAGAUGCUCAAGAGAAGCAAUUGUCUCAAUUGAAGGCUGACAAUGACAAUUUGACUAAAGCAAAAUCUGUUGUUGAUGCCAAAUUGAAAGAUACUGAAAGAGAAAAAGCUGCUCUUAACGAAGAAGUUGAAGCCGCAAAUGAGAAGUUGAGAAUUACUAAAAACGACUUGGGAAGAACCAAAGCAGAACUUGACCAACUCCAACAGGACUUUGACUACCUCAAGAAGAAUGCCGACACCGAUGUUGCUGAUAAGAAGAAACUCAAUGGAACUGUUAAUGAGAGCAAUAAGAAGAUUGAGGAAUUGAAAGUUGCUGAAGCCGACGAAGAGCUUAAAACAGUCAAGAAAGACAAAUUUGCGAAAGAAAAAGAGGCAAAGAAGUUGAAAGCAGAAAACGACGAAAUUAAAGAGAAGGUGAAAAAUUUGGCUUAUGACAAAGACCUACUUUCUUCUGAAAAGAAGAAACUUGAAGACGAAUAUGACCAACUCAUUAACUUGGUUUAUAAACACGAAGACGAGACCAACAACUUGAAUGGUUCAAUCAAAAAGUUACAAAAAGACUUAGAAGCAAACAACACCGAGUUUACUGAAUUAAGAGACAGAACAGCUAAAGACAAGAAGAAAAUAGCAGAUUUGGAACAACAAUUGCAAGACCUUGAAUAUAGACCAAGAGACAACCAAAUUGCUGAUUUGGAAAAGGCGGUUGCUGCGUUGAAAGAACAGAACACUCAACUUGAUGCUGCUAAGAAGGAUAUGAAAAAGCAAUCUGUUGAAGACGCAACGAAGAUUGAGAAUAAUGGAUCACAUAUUAAGGCACUUGAAGCACAAAAGAAGAUGGCAUUGGACGACAAAGCGGAGGCCGAGAAGACUGCUGCGGACCAAUCUGAUAGAAGAAAGAAGAUGGAAGACCAAGUCAAAACACUUAAUGCACAAGUCUCAUCACUUAAAGUCCAAGUCAGUCCACCGGCUUCUGUUGCUCAAAAAGAAAAGAACAACAUGUUGAAUGCAAUAAUAACUUAA